AUGAAUUUUAACACUAUUGAUUUAAAUCAAGCAGAAAAAGCAGUUGCUUCAUUUACUACUGAUGAUAAUGAAGCGAGAUAUGAACCAAUAACAUUGGAUCUACAUAAUGAAGCACGUCGUAAUUAUUUACCUUUAUUUCCAACCAUUGCUUUUAGUCGAAAUAAUUAUCUACUUUUAGCUAAUGUGCCAGUGACUCAACUUGGACCUAGUGAAAUUGCUCGACGUCAACAUGGAGCAAAUACUGUUGAUGCAAUAACACUAAUGAACAAUUAUAAGUAUUCUGAUCAUGAUGGAUUUAGUUUGUCUGAACAAGAUGCUGAAGAAUUAUCGAAACGAUUACAAAUUGGAAAGUCAAUUAUCACAUUUAAUGCUAAUCAAAUUCGUGGUAUCUGUUAUUAUUUUCUUGAAUUAUAUAAAUCAUAUCGAAAAAAUAUUCUACUUCAAAAUGAUAUUGCCUUAGAAGAAUUCAUACUUAAUUCGAAACAAAUGAUCGUGCUACUUGAAUUCUAUCUACAAAUAGAUGUAGAUAUAUUCUACAUGAAAACUUGUUCGUUUCGUGGAGCUGAACCACAAUCCAUUGUGGAAGGUCUAUUCUGUGGAAAGGAUGGACCACAUGCGCGAUAUACAAUGUCUCCAUGUGUCAAUCCAUUUUGUCCAUGUUGUCAUCCGUCAAGAAUGGGUGAUGGAACACAAAAUCAAUUAGGACCAGUCGUUGAUUUCGAUACAAGUUCAAUGCAUCAAUUUUUGAAUGGAUAUACAACUUAUCUAAAUUGUCCAGUCACAUGUAGAACAUCGAAUGUGAUCUAUACGAUGACAUGUCCAUGUGGUUAUUAUGAUUAUGUCGAUUCAACUGCAAAGACAUUAGUUGAUGCUAUAGUUUAUCAUCGAAAACAUGGUAAUCGAAUUAUACAUGAAAUGUUAACUGGUAUUUCCCGAUCUCCACGCACACUAUUCGAUUCAAACGAAAGCGAAAACAAAAUGAUCGAUAAAAUGCGUCUCUAUCAACAUUCUGCACGAUGUCCAACAGCACUUCGUUUAUUUCUCGACUGUAAUCCGAACUAUUGGUGUUUUAUUCCUAUGGUGAAGCAUGAGGCACUUGCUGAAGACAUUGCUUAUAUUCGGCAAGCGAGAGAAAGUUCUUCCUUCCACGAAACAACAGAUGCUCAAUUAAUUAAUACAAUGUCAGUGAGUCCUAAUAGUAAAAAUCCUCGAGUGACUCAUUAUCUUAAUCAUGUACCACGACCACCCUCGACUAUCUAUACCUUUUCAUAUGAACAAAAAGAAAAACAAUGCUUAUUUUUUGAAGAAUUUCUCUCGUCUUCUAUUGAUUACUUGUCCUAUUCAGCAAUGAACUUGUAUAAAAUAGCAAUUAUUGCCGUUUGUAAGUGCACACAAAUUUUGAUCUAUGAUAUUGAUGAUAAUUAUAUUUUUCUUCUCCUUUUUUUUUUGUUUAUUCAACAUUUAUCUAGUGCCAGAUGAUUGUUCGAUUAUACUACAAUAUAUUAUUGAAACAUUGUUCAUUAUUCAUGGUGAAACUAAAUUAAAUAUGAUUUGUCCUAUUGGUGGU